AUGGCUAGUUUUCAUAAUUUUCAAAGGAUUUACAAUGAAGGGACUUUAAGGAUUUCAGAGGAGUUGAAAAUAUUGAGAAGUCGAAAAAGAGAACAGAAAAAUUCUUCGUUGACUCAACACAUGAUUGGUUUAAUAGACGAGGAAAUUAGCAAAUUUAUUAAAAAGAGGCGAUUUGUGUUUUUAACAUUUAGCUUUUCAAGACUACAAUUUCUAGAACGAAUUGGUGUUAAAUUUAGUGGAGUAAUUGUUGACAAUGCUGAAAGACUAAAUGAACAAGAGAAUUGGCAUGUAAUUCUAAAAACGUCACCUUUUGUUAGAUUAUUUGGAGACUAUUGUCAGUAUAGUCAAAAAAUAUCAAAUGAACAAUCAAAGUUAGAUUAUAACAAGACUCUCCUACAAAGACUUGAUGAAGAUUUUGGUGCUGAUUCUAAUGUUAAUUUUCAUCUUAACCGUCAAUAUACUUCAAAUCCAGCAAUUCGUGCUUGGGGAGAUUCUGUCUUUUAUAAAGAAAGGAAAGCUAUCCCUGCCACUAAAUCUGUUGAAAAUAUGAAUUUGAAUGAAAUUUUGAAGCCUAACAUGAAAAGCACAAUAAAAUUGGUGUCAGAACCUUUAGUUUUGGUUGAUAUUAGCAGAUUGGAAGGGGAAUGGAAGGAAUCAAUGUUUGAGUCAGAAAAGGUUGCUAUUACAAAUGUCCAAUAUAAAUACGAAGCUUUUCGAAAUCGGGGAAUGGCUCUAAUAACUGCCCAACACAUUAAUCUUUUAAUUGAUAAUGGAAUUGAUCCAAAGGAAAUUGCUUGCCCUUUGAGCAGUUUUUAUCAUCAUCUUAUUUUGGAAGAAGUUUUUGGAAUUCUUUGGCCACAUAAUUUAUCCAAAUCAAAACGAAUUUGCAGUCGAGUCCCGCGAAUGCUUUCUGGACUUCAUUUUUCGGUUUAUAUUCGUGCAUUUUUGGACAAUGAAUUUGCUAGUACGGAGAAUGAUUAUCUAAAAUUAUUAACAAAUUGGAAUUUUGGAUUAUCAAAAGCAAAAUAUCAAUUUAUGUUAAUUUGUGACAGCAAUAAUUUGAAAAAUAAUUGUAUUCCAAAAAUGGAAGAAAUGCUUGAAUGUUUUCAAUCAACUAGAGGAGGUAUAAUUGUUGGACCAAACGAUAUUUUUCCUUUAAAGAAUGGGCAAUUUGAAGAAAUUAAAAAUUUAGCUAAAAAGAGAUUAAGAGAAUUUAAAUAGUUUUUUAAUGUUGUUUUAAAAUUGGUUUUUAAAUUAUAAUUUAAAAAAUUGAAACGGGUUUUUAAAUAUGUAUUUUUUUAAUCUGCUAAAGUUAUUUUUAUGACUUGUUAUAAAGAUUUGAUUUGUCUUUAAUAAAAAGAGUUCUAGC